CGGCGAAGAAAGAAGGGGAGAAUAUCUUCAUAUCCUCAAAAAAUACACUCUCAUUACUUCCAUUCCUUCAACAAUUCAAUCCAUUCGAAUCCUCAGAUUUUCCCUUCUUCCUCUCCUUCUUCCUUCGUCGCUUCUGAUUUCUUGUCUCUCGUUUAUAAACAUCAGCGCGCGUUAUACCCUGUUAAAUUUCACCUUGAUUCACCUCCGCCUCCCUUGUUGUGAUAAACACCCGCCUUUUUGUCGACUACAGAAUUCACGACCCCCAGCGACUCGUUUCCUACAAACAAUACCCCAAGAAUGCGCAGCAAGGCAUCUUUCUCUCUCAACUACAACCAUCGCUGAACAAACGCCCAUUGGACUGAGCGACAGCACAUGGCUGAAAUAUGUUGUUUACACCCUCGAAUCCACGGACGAUUGCCGCCAACAGCGGCCUAGGGAUUAAGCUGACGCCAAACAACUCGCCAUACCCAUAUCCACGAACUCCGCGUUCCCCAAACAAAUGCCGACCUCUGUACGAAGCUGGUCUCUCGUUGAAGAGGAUCAUCGGGACAACCGUCAGCUCCCCAACCGGAUUCGAUAGCCUGCCAAAUGGCAACAUUUUCGCAUAUGUCGCGGGCGCUGCGGUCGUCGUCGUCCAGCUAGCGGAAGAUUCGCAAUACUCACAGCGAUUCUUCAGAGCGCAUCCGACCGCCGUACCCGUGAUACCCGGAGCUGCGACGACUCCAUCAACCCCCAUAAACACCGCGAACGAUUCACGAAAUAGAACGGGCGCAUCUCUACGAGAAUCUGCCAUUGGAUUCUCCCCUUCGACGCCAACCACCUCCCGCGCAGUCUGGAGCGAUUCGCCCCUCUCGAAAACCUGGACAAGCAGGGAGAGGAUCAAGGCCGCGACAUGUCUGUCUAUAAGCAGGGACGGGCGGUUUCUCGCCGUGGGCGAGACGGGCUAUACACCUAGGGUGCUGAUAUUCAACCUCCAAGAGUCAUCAGAUGCCCCGCUCGUCAUAUUGAACGAGCAUACAUUCGGCGUCACGGCCGUUUCUUUUAGUCCUGAUGGACGCUACCUAGCCACUUUGGGUUCUCCAAAUGACGGCUUUCUUUACAUGUGGCGCAUAUCGAGCACUGGCGCCGCCAGGCUGCACGCGAGCAAUAAGUGCACUAGCACCAUUAAAAGUAUGAUGUGGAUGGGAAACAGUCUAAUAACUGUCGGCACGCGCCAUGUGAAGAUCUGGAGAGUUGAGGACAACACGAGUUCAUCACCUCUGAAACAGAGGUUCAAUCUAGAUGGCACAGCGUCCACUCCAGCAACCGUUACUAGAACUCUCAGCGGCAGAAAUUGCCUGCUUGGGGGUUUGAUCGACGCGACGUUCAGCUGCGCUGCCAGCAUUUCUGAAACGAAAGCUGUCGUGUGCUCGGAAAAGGGCCAUAUUGCCCUGGUCGACGACAACAACGACCAGAACCAGUUACUCAAGGUAGCUCAUGCCGGUUUUGCUGUGACAUGCGUGUCUGUAGAUGCAUCGCGCAAGCUAAUACGGAUUGGUGGCCGCCUGGGCGCGACUAAGAUUAUGACUUUUGACGAACUCCUAACGCCGACUACCCCACCGUCGUCGCCAUUUGAGGAGGACUUCAACAGUACUGCCGAGACUCCAAACGGCAAUCUUUGCGCCAUGUCUAUUAUAAACGGACAUGUGGUUACUGUCGAUUCACGCCAUGCCAUCAAGAUCAUGAAAGAUGGCUCGGAAGAGUCUGGGCAUGUGACCCCCCUUACAGCCCACCGAGGGUCGGUUAUGGGUGUGAGGCUGCUGAGCCCAAACAGUCUCAGCGCAGACUUUUUGUCAUGGGACUCUGCAGGAAAUGUUAUAUUUUGGGAUCUAGAGGGCCAGUGCAAAGGAUCAUUCCAAGUUGAUCUGGAGCAGGGGCUUGGUGGCGAUGAGGAAGUCGUCAACCAAUGUCUGGUUGUACGAGCCUCAGAUGGCGGAAGCUUCUUUGUGGCAGGUGAUAAGUACGGCGUUAUUCGGAUUCUAGACGGCCCCAAACAUACCUGUUCGUUCGUAGCGAAGGCGCACAACUCGGAUGUCGAGGACAUUGCGAUAUAUGAAGGAAAGACGAUGACACUGCUUGCGACCUCUGGUAGGGACCGCACAGUUCAACUUUUCAAGAAAAUGGAGGAUACCUGGGUCUUGCUGCAGACCAUGGAUGAGCACACUGGGAGCGUGACGAGUGUUUGCUUCUGCGACGACGGGGAUAAGAUUAUCUCGAGCAGUUCUGAUCGUACGAUCCAAAUACGGCAGAUUGUCACGAAGGAAGUCGGUGACCAGCAGGUCAUCGCGGCGAUCCCUAUCAGAGUCAUCACACUGAAAGCGACGCCAGUGUCGAUGACAACAACUGAUAAUGACCCCUCCGUUACUUCAGUGAUUGUUUCGAUGAUGGACCGCACGGUUGCUACAUACGACAUUGCGACAGGAAAGAUGCUUUCUACGUUCAAGGCUGCCGACACUGACGGAAAUGACGCCGUCGUUAUGGAUUCUUUGAAGAUGGGGAAGCCGAUGCCGGGACGGCCUCUUAUUUUAGCUGGCGUUUCUGGAACCGAUAAAUCCGUCAGGAUAUAUGAUGGCUGUACUGGCUCAUUCUUGGACCGUGGGUUUGGUCACACAAGCUCCGUCACAGACGUUGCCUUGCUGGAGACUCCAGAGCAGACCACACUCAUCUCCACGGGGUCCGACUCUACCAUUAUGAUUUGGGAUCUCACCACACGAACCCCAGAAAUCAUAUCCCCCGAACCAACGCUCACCCCCGACGACUCCUCGCCCCCAAAGGAACUCACCUCCAACAUGCCCCCCCUCCGCCGCGUCCUCUCCAAAGCCGAACUCGCCGAAUUCUCCCGCCCCUCCACAGCAACCACCCCCAGCGGCCGCUCUUCUCCUCCCCGCCUCCUCCGCCGCAAAACUUCAAAAUACUCCAUGAACGCCAACUCCCCCAAGCUCUCCAUGCCGCCCAUCCCCGCCAUGCCAAGCCCCUACAGCUUCGCCUCCUCCGACGACGCGAGCGGUUCGCGCCGGUCGUCACCGCGGAAUCGCUCCCGGUCGCCGCCUCCUUCGCCGAAGGGACGGAGUAAUUUGGGGGCGCGCAAGGCGUCGCUUGUUGAUUUGAGGGGGCGCAAUAAGAGUGCUGGGCCGGCGAGUUAUAAUGAAUUUGGCAGCGUGAAUAUGGCUACUGAGCAAGUCUGCCGUACGCUGCGCGCGUAUCGAAAGAAACUGACUAGCUCCGAGGCGAUUAAGGAGGAUGGGCUGAAGGAACUAGACCAGGAGCUCCGAUUAACCGCCCAAGCUGUCUUGGAGAAGAGUCUCAAGACUAGGAAGAUCAGCGAGGCGGCCCUGGCGGGAUUGUUAGAUCAGUAUAGCGAGAGGCUGGUCAGUAUCUUCGAUGAGAAACUGAGGCAGAGCUUGAAGAAUAGCGUGGCGGAGUCGAGGGAGGCGGCGGGGUCGACGUCGGAUGACCCGGAACCGAUGCCCCCGACUACGAGAUCGAAGUCUCUCUCGGGACCGUCGGGGCCGUCGGAGGAUACGCUUAGUGCGUUGGGAGUUGUGACUGGGGGGUCGAUGAGGAGGAAGGUUAAGACGGGGAUUAUGUGAUCCUCCUGUCCCUUUUGCUGUUUUUUUUGUGUGUGUGGGUGGUUUUUCUUGAUCGGGGACUACUGUAUUAGUACUACUUUGUUUGCGUUUGGUGUUUCGGGAGGGGUAAUGGUAGGCGACAAGGGGGGUUUGGGCUGCGACGGCUUUACUUUUUUGUUUUGUUUUGUUUCGGGGAGUUGGUGUUAUGGAUUGUCUUUAUGGGGGGCUCAGGAUGCUCCUUUUCUCGGGGGGUUCGUUUCGAUGGAUGUGUGUGUUUUUUUGGGGUUUGGUGAGCGGGAUUGAGGGGAUUGGGGUAUAUCUAGGUUUGGAUACUUGCUGAUAGGGGUGUUUUAUUUCCGUUUUUUCAAGAGCGAGGGCGAUUGGGGAUAGGCCAGGCUACAGCUGGAGGAGUCAAGGGCGUGUGUUUACGUGUCGUUGUGUUGUGUUGUGUUGUUGGCUCGGGAUGGCGGAAGGGUGUCGAUCAAGGGAUAGAUUAGACCAGAAUCAGGACAGAAGAUUACGAAAGAAAGAUAAUUAUCCAACCCU